AUGCAAGCAGUAGCCAACCUCGUUCAAGACUCAAUGGGUCCAGUGCCAGUCGCUGCCAAUCCAGAGUAUAAGCACCGACCCGAUGGAGCAACCAUGAAAGCCUUAGCAUGGUUCGGAAGUGAGAAGGUUCAAAUCGUCGAUGCUCCCAUCCCGGAUAUUUCAGAAGACAAAGAUGUUAUCCUGAAAGUUACCGGUACGACUAUCUGCGGAAGUGACUUGCACUUGUAUCAUUCUGAGAUGUUGGGUAUGCAAAAGGGCGAUAUACUAGGUCAUGAGUUCAUGGGUGUUGUCGAUAAGGUAGGACCAGGAGUCACUACCCUCAAGCCCGGGGACAAGGUCGUUACCUCGUUCCAAGUCGCUUGUGGUACCUGUCGAUACUGCAAGAAGAAUUUCUCGUCAAUGUGCGAUAGGACCAACAAUUCUAGUCUCAUGGCAAGCAUGUACGGACAGAGAGACGCUGGUUUCUUUGGUUAUGGACAUAUGACUGGAGGACUUCCUGGAGGACAAGCUGAGUAUGCCCGAGUACCGUUCGGUGAAGUCAAUUGCCUCAAGGUUCCACCUGGUGUAUCCGACGAACAAGUACUCUACUUGUCCGAUGUUCUCCCAACCUCUUAUCACGCUGUAGUUGACACUAGAGUCGAAGAAGGUGAUAUCGUCGGUAUCUGGGGUCUUGGUCCCAUCGGUCUCGCAUGUGUCAAAUGGGCUCUUCUCAAGGGCGCUUCUAAAGUCUAUGCCAUCGACACCCAACCAGCUCGACUUGCCGCUGCUGCCAAACUCGGCAAUGUAGUGCCAGUUGACUUCAAGGCUGAGAACGUUACCAAGAAAAUCAGCGGUGAAGUACCUGGUGGUUUAGAUGUCUGUAUCGAUGCUACCUCAUUCCACGAACCCAAGACACUCCUUCACAAAGUUGAGAAAGCUCUCAUGCUUGAAACGGAUGUGUCUGAGACUCCUAAUGAGAUGAUCUGGCUAGUCAAGAAGUUCGGUCGAGUGGGUCUUAUCGGUGCUUAUGCAGGAUACACCAACCACUUCAACAUCGGUGCGUUGAUGGAGAAAGGUGUAAGAUUCAUCGGAAAUGGUCAAGCACCCGUACACCUUUACUGGCACGAGAUCUUGAACGACUACAUCUUAACUGGUAAAUUCGAUGUUAGUAUGUUAGUCUCUCAUAGAGUUUCUAUCGAAGACUUCCCCAAGUUGUAUGAGAAAUUCGACAAGAGGUAUGCUGGAGUGGAAAAGGUCUUUGUACAGACUCAAUUCAGUGAACCCCCUGCACCUGGAUUCCCUCAAUUGACAAAGGUCGAUGACUGGGCCAACAAGGUCCUCUAA